AGGAGACGCUCGCCGCCCCCUGACCCCCAGCUCAGCGCCGUCUCCCGGCCCAGCCAGUGACCGUCCAGCCUCCCUCAGUCGCCCCUGCCAUGUCCGAGGAGUCGACCCCGGGCCCCAAGGAGAGCCCGCCGGCCCAGCCACGGGCAGGCUCCCGCGAGGUGUGGAAGAAGGGCGGCCGCCUCCUGUCCGUGCUGCUGGCCGUGAACGUGCUGCUGCUCGCCUGCACGCUCAUCAGUGGCGGCGCCUUCAACAAGGUGGCGGUGUACGACACCGACGUGUUCGCGCUGCUCACCACCAUGAUGCUGCUCGCCUCCCUCUGGAUCCUCUUCUACCUCCUGCGGACCGUGCGCUGCCCCAACGCCGUCCCCUACCGGGACGCGCACGCCGGCCCCAUCUGGCUCCGAGGUGGGCUGGUGCUGUUUGGGAUCUGCACUCUUGUCAUGGAUGUCUUCAAGACUGGCUACUACUCCAGUUUCUUUGAGUGCCAGUCGGCCAUCAAGAUCCUGCACCCUCUCACCCAGGCUGUGUUUGUCAUCGUCCAGACUUACUUUCUCUGGGUCUCCUCGAAAGACUGUAUUCACGUCCAUCUGGAUCUGACCCGGUGCGGUCUCAUGUUCACCCUCACCACAAACCUGGCCAUCUGGAUGGCAGCUGUGGUGGACGAGUCCGUGCACCAGACCCACUCCUAUGAUAGUUCCCACAGCAACACCAGCCACCUUCGCCUUGCCCUUGACCCGGAGCGUGCAGGCAGCUCGGUGGGAGGAGACUGUUCCUGCAACACGGCCAUCUGCCAGAUCUUCCAGCAGGGCUACUUCUACCUGUAUCCCUUCAACAUUGAGUACAGCCUGUUUGCGUCCACCAUGCUGUACGUCAUGUGGAAGAACGUGGGCAGGCUGCUGGCCUCCUCCACCCACGGCCACGGCCACGGCCACACCCCUUCCCGGGUCAGCCUCUUCCGGGAGACCCUUUUCGCUGGCCCGAUCCUGGGCCUGAUGCUCUUCGUGGUGGGGCUGGCCGUCUUCAUCAUCUACGAGGUCCAAGUGAGUGCGGAGGGGGGCCGCCUCCAGCAGGCCCUGGUCAUCUACUACAGCUUCAACAUCAUCUGUCUGGGGCUCAUGACCUUGGUCAGCCUGAGCGGCUCCGUCAUCUACCGCUUUGAUCGCCGGGCCAUGGAUCACCAUAAGAACCCCACUCGGACCCUGGAUGUGGCGCUGCUGAUGGGCGCCGCCCUGGGCCAGUACGCGAUCUCCUACUACUCUAUCGUAGCUGUGGUGGUGGGCACACCCAGGGACCUGCUGGGGGCGCUCAACCUAGCCCAUGCUCUACUCAUGAUUGCCCAGCACACCUUCCAGAAUGUGUUCAUCAUCGAAAGCCUCCACCGGGGACCGCCCGGGGCUGAGCCCCAUGAUACCACCCCCAAAGAACCCUGCCAUGGUCUUACCUUUGCCAACCUGGAUGCCCUCCACACCUUGCCUGGCUGCCCACCCACUCCUAGGCUGGUCGGCACCAACCCAGUGGGCCCUCAGGAAGCAGUGGCCAUCAUCUUGGCCCCCAGGGGCCACUGGAGACGCCGGUGCCUGAAGGACAUUUCUCUGUUUCUCCUGCUCUGCAAUGUCAUCCUGUGGAUCAUGCCUGCCUUCGGAGCCCGCCCUCACUUCAGCAACACCGUGGAGGUCGACUUCUAUGGCUACUCCCUUUGGGCGGCCAUCGUCAACAUCUGUCUGCCCUUCGGCAUCUUCUACCGUAUGCACGCUGUCUCCAGCCUGCUGGAGGUCUACGUGUUAUCCUGAAGCCCUUGAGAGACACGUAGGGGUGGGGCUCGGUUCAUGUGCCCACUCAGAGACACACCCCCCCCCCCCCGCAGGAAAGAACCCCAAGCUGGCAGUCACUGUGCCACAUUACCCCCCCCACCCCCCUACCCCCUCCCCACCCGCCCCAGGGGACCCAGGGUAAAAUUUGCACCAAAGUUAUUUUUCCAGGAGAGUUUUUACAUCACAAUCAGACAUAUCCACCCACCCCAGCAGAUUCUGCAGCAUGGAGUGGGUGGGGAGGAGAGAUCUCUUCCUAGAGCAGCCAGGACCAGGCAAGAUCAGCAAGUGUCUGCGGUUG